AUGAAGAUAACCUCUCGAGCCGAUGGGUCGUCCCCAGCAACGUUUAUUGCGAGUUCUGAAGAAGACGAUCCUACAGGUUCGUUUCAGUAUUAUAACGAUCUUAAUUGCACCGAACGUGAGUACGCCUUCUCAGGGGUGUAUAUAGAGACCAUCACAACCGGCAGAGAAACUUGUAACAACGAUGCAAACGGUGAGGUUUCUAUGCUCAUAAAGGAAGCAAAUGAGAAAAAGCCAACGGCCUUGCAUAAAACCAUAAGUGUGGUGGUGUAUCCUGACCGCAAUUGUCCUUUCAAUGUCGUGGCAAGCGAGUCUUUGGUGCCAAGUGAUGGCUCAUGUGGGCCAUGGACUGGUAAACAGUCAUCCAAGUUUAUCCGUGAAUCCUCUGACAGUACAGUCGGGGAUAUAGUUGUGUACAAGGAUGAUGAUUGUGCCAUUGUUGAUGAGUAUUUGAGUGCUAAUCUUGAAGAGAUUGAUGCUGGUUUAGACCAAGGACCCAGUUGUCGAAAUAGUGACCGAGUCGAUUCAUAUGGUAUCAGUUUUCCUUGA